AUUAGACUUCAUCCGGCAAUGUUACUUCUAAGCCUCUAAAACUGCCGCUUCUCUACUCCUUUGAGAUGACGACUUCCCCAAUUAAAAGACGACGCACCGCUCAGCAAAUCCUCCUGCGCCGUGCCUGCCAGACGAAAGGCGUUAUCAAGAGCCAGGAUGCCAUAGAAUUUUCUGGCAGAAAUCGGAAUGGCGACAAAGGCAAUGUCUUAGUGCUGCCAUCGAUGGCCAGAGAUUUGGGGCUAACCCAGGAAAGAUCUCUAUCGCGAUCGGUGGGAAAAGUGCGGAGGGUUUUGGCAGCCAGCUCGUUUCGGACCGGGGAAAGGAAAGCAGCCGGAAAACUGUCGAGUUGUGAGGACUCAUCAUCCUGUAGGAAACCAAAGCCAAAUGUUGGUGUUCGAAAUCUAAGCGGACAGCGAUCAGGAUACACUUCCAGGGGCAGUACUAAAUCUCAAAACAGCGCAUCUGCAUACCCGUCCAAAUGGCCAAAGACUGUGAGCGCGGAGGAUGCUAAGACCACGAAUUCCAAGGGAUCUCUAAACGAGAUAACCAAUUGCUCCCCCCUCAAUCGAACUCCCUACGAUCACAAUCUUAAUAUGCCCCUCAAGUCGGGUGACUCGUCUCAAUGUCCACCCAUUAAGAAAAAGGCCCGUCGAAAGAAUUUAAGAACCGCAGCCGCAGUCGUUUCUGGGGCCCUACCGCGGAUGAGACCACCAGCUAGCAGCCGGAAUAAUUCUUCGGGAGAUAGAACAGCCCGCAAAAGAGGAUCCAGCCAGAGUAGCGGUGUCAAGCUGACGGGCCGUGUCUACAGUGGCGAAGAGGUCGGACAGGUUCCAUAUCCAUCAAAAUCCAAUAGUGAAAUGUCAAAUAUGUCCUCCAAAUCGGAGAACGGUCCAAAUCGCAAUUGUCGCUCCGAUUCCUUCUACAAGAAAAUAGAUAAGGUUAGCAGGCCACCGCCAAUGUAUGUGAACGCUGGAGUCUGGAGCCUGGAAAUACCCAGUGAAACGGAAAUGCAAGAAUUUUUAGAAAGGGGCGAUGACAAUAACCAAUGUGUAAAUACGACUCUAUCGAGUUUAAACUCUUGUGAGAGUCAGGAAAGAAAGUCAAGGUCUGAUCGAGGCACAUGUAAAUAUAUAUCAAAUAAAGUGAGAAGAGACAGCGAAAGGAAUACCUGUUAUUGCAAAUGUUCCAAAAUGGAAACAGGAAAGGAUGUGUAAC